AUGGCAUUGGAGAUGGCACUGGAGAUAGCACUGAAGAUGGCACUGGAGAUGGUACUGGAGAUAUCCUUGGAGAUGGAUUGGAUGCUGUUGACAGAGCUCUUUAAUGGGCUGGUGCAUAAAGCGAUCCAUUUCAACAAGAAGAUCAAGAAUAAGAUGUCUCCCACUUCCUCGCCCAACUUCGUUGACGCUUUUAGUGAGUAG